ACUGAUCCCGCCCACCCGGGUCUUUGACAGCGAAGAUAAAAAGGACAUGUACACACACCGUUAACGCCACAGCUAGUUAGUUAGCUAAUUAGCUACCUCAUAGAUCGCUGGACUUCACUGUCCACACAGAUCAUAGACGUUCGGGUUUUUUAUUUAAUCACAAACCGUAGCAUGGAUGUGGUGAUUUAGUCGUUAAAAUGUCGUUCAAUGGCCACAAACGGGAGGAUGAAAAUAUCGGGGAAGACGAAACGCCCACGAAGCAGCCGCGCUCCGACAUGGAGAUGCCCAGUUGUCUCAGAAACGAUCCCGACAACGAGGCAGCCUCGUCCGCGGGAAGAGACACAUCCGACCGGCGGACCUCCAACGCGACAGCGAGGCAUCGGAGCGACUCGGUGAAAAAAACAAGGCCGCCAUUUCCCUGGUUUGGGAUGGACAUUGGAGGGACUCUGGUGAAGCUGGUGUACUUCGAGCCCAAAGACAUCACAGCGGAGGAGGAGCAGGAAGAGGUGGAGAACCUGAAGAGCAUCAGGCACUACCUGACCUCAAACACCGCCUAUGGAAAAACGGGCAUCAGGGACGUGCACCUGGAGCUGCAGGACCUGACGCUGUGCGGCAGGACGGGCAACCUGCACUUCAUCCGCUUCCCCACGCACGACCUGCCGGCCUUCCUGCAGAUGGGCCGCAACAAGCACUUCUCCAGCCUCCACACCACCCUCUGCGCCACGGGGGGUGGAGCGUACAAGUUUGAGUCUGACUUCCGCACGAUGGCGGACCUGCAGCUCCACAAGCUGGAUGAGCUGGACUGCUUGGUCCGGGGGGUGUUGUACAUCGACUCGGUGGUGUCCAGCGGACCAUCGGAGUGCUACUACUUUGAAAACCCCACAGACCCAGAUCGCUGCAUCCAGAGGCCCUACACCCUGGAGAACCCCUACCCCCUGCUGCUGGUCAACAUAGGGUCCGGGGUCAGCAUCCUGGCCGUGUACUCGGAGACCAACUACAAACGAGUUACAGGGACCAGCCUCGGUGGUGGGACCUUCCUGGGCCUGUGUUGCUUGCUGACUGGCUGCUCUACUUUCGAGGAAGCUCUAGAAAUGGCUUCUCAAGGGGAGAGCACCCGAGUGGACAAGCUGGUUCGGGACAUCUAUGGAGGAGACUAUGAGAGGUUUGGACUGCCAGGUUGGGCUGUAGCCUCAAGUUUUGGCCACAUGAUGUCCAAAGAGAAGAGGGAGUCGGUGUCCAAAGAGGACCUGGCCAGAGCGACGCUGGUCACCAUCACCAACAACAUCGGCUCCAUCACCAGGAUGUGUGCCCUCAAUGAGAACAUAGAGAGAGUGGUGUUUGUGGGUAACUUCCUGAGAGUGAACACCCUCUCAAUGAAGCUGCUGGCUUACGCCAUGGACUACUGGUCCAAAGGACAGCUCAAGGCCCUCUUCCUUCAGCAUGAGGGCUACUUUGGAGCAGUUGGCGCUCUGUUAGAGCUUCUGCAUCCGUCCUAAUCCGUCCACUCUGCAUCUAAGCAACUACUCGUCAAUCUGCUGAAAAAUCCUUUAGCACUUUAGGCUGGCCAGAAUUAAUUCCGUAAUGGGACGCUGUGUCAGCCUCCAGCCAGUUACUGACAUAUUAUUUGCAGCAAACUCUCAAACAUUCUGUAAUGUUCUCAGCAAUCAACUAGUUUGUAAAAGUGUGAAGGUAGAGUCUUAAUUGGGAUUCACAGGCUGCUGUGGUCAGCUGAUGGAAGGGCUUCCUGCCCGAAUGCAUUAAACAAGUCGCGUCCUCCUCAAACACGUAGAAAGUACGUCCACAAAGUCUUAAGAACGAGGAUGUUCUCCCUCACGGUGGGUGGUAGGGUGUCCAAUACGACCAAACUCCUGUUAGUUAAUAAAAUGGUUGUUAGAACUCAAAGAUCAUCCCAAGAAAUAUUUCCCCAGUAAAGCAUUAUUUGUCAUUGUUUAUUUCCUGAAUUAAUUGAUUUGUUUAUUCAUUAGACAAUAACUGAACAGACUUUAGUGUUUAGAGCCAAAUAUGUUUACAGUGUUGCAGAUUAUUACUGAUUAAUUAUUUGUGCUCUACAUACUUUACAUUCCUGAAUAACAUUGUAUGGAACGCCACCCCUGGUUUAUCUGGUCAGACUCGUGGUUUGUUAACUUGAGACUUUAGACGUAUCCAGCUCUUUGUAAACUAAAGCAAAACACUGAGAAUCAUUUACAACCAAUAAUUAUUUGUGUUUUUUCAUCCGAGAGCCUUUAUUCAUUUAAAUUUAUUGGACUUGUAAUGUAAUGUCAAAUUUGCAUUUUAACCUGCAUUUCAGUCUCCUGACUUGAAACAAUUGAUUUAAAGAAAAACAAAGAAAUUAACACAAGUUUAUGGCCAUUUCAUCUUCAAAGGAGACAUCAGCUGUUACCUUCUAUAGAAUGUGUAUUGCUUAUUUAAUUUACCCAAUUGACAUGUCAAUGUGUGAAAUGUUUUUUUUGAAUAUUUAAUUGUUUACUCCAAGUUCUUAUUUUAUAACCGCUCUGGUAAAUUCAGUUUCAAGUCAGUUUUGGGGUCAUUAACAAUGGACUGUAGAGCUCAAGUGAAAAUGACCUCUGCCCUGCUGAAGUGCCCUUGAGCCACUGCAACCCCGUCCUUGUGGAGGGAAAUCGCAGCAUGUGAAACGAUAGAUUGUGGAUUCGAGGGCAUUAUAUCCCCGAGUUGUCCCCAUGUUUUUUGAAUGCAGCUUCAGCUCCUGAUCCCAAACCGUCUUUGUCUUGUUCGGCAUGUUUGUACUUGAACGUUUUGAAGCUUCCUAAACUUUGUUUCCUUUAGGAAGGUGGAACUGGAAACACGGUAAACCUCGUGUCUGACAUGCGUGUUAUCGUUGUCAUUUGUCCCAUUGCUUCAUUUAAUGAUUAACCGUCACAAUUUAAUGUUGGCUUUGUUCAUGAAUUGUCUCCAUAAAAGAGAUUUCACUCACUAAUAAGUUGCACAGUUGCUGUCAGUCGCUUGAUGAAAAGCAUCAGAAUGUUCUAUAUAGUUGAUUUUAAAAUAAAGUGCCUGUCAUAUUUUUGUAUGGAAUACAAUAAUGUGCGCAGCAAUGUGAUUUAAAAUGAGGCCCUCUGUUUGUUGAAAAGAAAACAUAUUUUUUGUAAUAGCCAUUGCAAAUUCAUUACUGCGUUACUAUUAAAAACAUAUUUUCAUAUGUUUGUGACA